AUAGAGUCAAUGUGGAGGCUAUAUACAGGGGGUACCGGUACAGAGUCAAUGUGGAGGCUAUAUACAGGGGGUACUGGUACAGAGUCAAUGUGGAGGCUAUAUACAGGGGGUACUGGUACAGAGUCAAUGUGGAGGCUAUAUACAGGGGGUACUGGUACAGAGUCAAUGUGGAGGCUAUAUACAGGGGGUACUGGUACAGAGUCAAUGUGGAGGCUAUAUACAGGGGGUACUGGUAUAGAGUCAAUGUGGAGGCUAUAUAAAAGGGGUACUGGUACUGAGUCAAUGUGCAGACUAUAUACAGGGGUACCGGUGGAGGCUAUAUACAGGGGGUACUGGAGGCUAUAUACAGGGGGUACCGGUACAGAGUCAAUGUGGAGGCUAUAUACAGGGGGUACCGGUACUGAGUCAAUGUGGAGACUAUAUACAGGGGGUACUGGUACAGAGUCAAUGUGGAGGCUAUAUACAGGGGGAACAGAAUCAAUGUGUCAAUGUGCGGGGGCACCGGUGUCGAGGUAAUUGAGGUAAUUAUGUACAUGUAGGUAGAGUUAUUAAAGUGGCUAUGCAUAGAUAAUAACAGUGGAGCAGCAGCGUGGCAGAGAGAACAGUCUAUGACUCGGGUGGCUGGAGUCUUUGACAAUUUUUAGGGCCUUCAUCUGACACCGCCUGAUGUAGAGGUCCUGGAUGGCAGGAAGCUUGGCCCCGGUGAUGUAUUGGGCCAUACGCACUACCCUCUGUAGAGCCUUGUGGUCAAAGGCCGAGCAGUUGCCAUUACCAGGCAGUGAUGCAACCCGUCAAGAUGCUCUCGACGGUGCAGCUGUAAAACCUUUUGAGGAUCUCAGGACCCAUGCCAUGCCAGUAUAUGUAGUCUUCUGAGCUCUUGCAGUGGCAGAAUAGAGGGUUCGAGUCUAGGGACCACCCAUAAGUAAAUACAUGUGUAAUACACUAAUGUGUAUUAGUGUUGCUAAUCCUCUCCAGUCAGGUGGGUUGUGGAGGCCAGAUCUAGGAUUUAACCAGAGACCAGGAUUACAGGGUGUGUCCUCGGAGUAAGGGGACAACUUGGUGUUGAUGACUAGCCACCAUCACACACACACACUGCAUUCCUUCAUCCGUCACCUCACACAAACACAACAUUCCUUCAUCCGUCACCUUGCAUACAUGUACACAGGGUGCACUCUGCGGUUAAAAGCCCUCGAGCACUAGAAUCUUAUUUUUGACUAGAGAGAGUGGAAAACAAAAGAGAGCUACUUAAGGACUCGUAAAAGCCCUGAAGCACUGAUUGAGAAUGGGAAACAGAGAGGAGGUAAUGUGCAGGCUCGCUCCUAUCUCCAGCACCACCAGCCGUUUUCUACCUCACACGCGGCUGAACAGGCUGAAGCUCCCAACCACCCACAGCUCCUUCAGUAAGCUGGGAUCCAAAUCAACCUCCCACGUUGCCGACAGGAGCCCCAGUUCCUCCGAGAUGAACAGUGAGCCCUGGGCCAGGCCAAGAUACCAGGACCAAGCUGCAGCUGAACAUUCUACAGCAUCCCACCAGGAACAACAACAGCACCCUGACAAACUGUGUCUGGACUCCUUCUGGAGCGAGGUGGAGGCGAUACGUAGCCAGGGAAGCGGAUACACUGACCUUGACACUGACAGCGCCAGACGAGACUCCAGACACUCUGAAGAGGGGGAGCAGGAGGAGCGGUGGCUGCAGGAUGCCGGUCUCUCCACUCUGAUCAGGCAGCAGAAACCAGACAGAGACAGGGACACUGAGGACCAGGAUGUUGACCAGGCCAUACUGCUGUCCACUCUGACCCGUACGCAGGCCGCUGCCGUCCAGAGGAGACUGGACUCCUACACACUGUCCCUGAGGAAGAGGAGCAAACACCCGCCACGUGACGUCAGGGACGUCUUCAGCUCAUCACCCUCCUCUAUUGCUCAGACACCUCUACCGGAGUGUCAAGACUCUGAGCCUACAGAGACUAAAUCAUCUCUACCGGAGUGUCAAGACUCUGAGCCUACAGAGACGAAAUCAUCUCUACCGGAGUGUCAAGACUCUGAGCCUACAGAACCUAAAUCAUCUGUACCAGACGAGAGUAUGGAGACCAUCAACAAGACACCACUACAAGAGGUCAGCUUGGACCAGCAGAAGAAGCAUGGAGGUGCCCCAAAAGAGGAGAUUUUCAUCACAGACGUGGCCUACUGCGAACAGGCGGCCAUCUUGUUAAAACAGGCUAAGCUGCCUCAGAUAAAGAACAGCUGCAAGAGGAAGGAGGACGGCACACUUCCUAGGGUGAUCUGCCCCCAGUGUCGUCUGGGUGUAACUCGUAUCCAGGACUUGUCCAACCAGGACAUGAAAAAGGUACGUCAGCUGGCCCUGAUCGACAUGACAGCGCUCUGUGACCUGCUGGAGCUCGAUGUCAAACGACACAAGACCUGCAAGAGGAAGAUCCCAGAGGGUGCCCUGUUUGGGGUUUCACUGGCCACCCUGUUGGAGAAUGACCAGAAAGUCAAACCCACUGCUACCACUCCUCUCAUCCUGCAAGCGCUGCUGUGGUUCCUGGAGAAGAGGGGAGUUGACUCAGAGGGUAUUCUGCGGGUUUCAGGCUCUCAGUCCAGAAUCAAGAAGCUGCAGCAGGACCUGGAACAGAACUUCUACUCUGGAGGGUUCAUCUGGGACGAGGUCAGUCCUAACGAUGUUGCUGCCCUGUUGAAGAAGUUUAUCAGAGAACUACCAUCUCCACUUCUCACCGCGGAGCACCUCAACACCUUCAGUGCUACCAGGGACAUCCCUGAGCUGAAACAGAAGCUACACGUUCUGAACCUCCUCAUCCUCCUACUGCCUGAACCCAACAGGAACACACUCAAGGCUCUGUUGGAGUUUCUUUCCAAGGUAGUCUCCAGAGAGAGGAGGAACCGUAUGAACCUGUGGGCCGUGUCCACCAUCAUGGCCCCCAACCUGUUCCUGUUCCUCCACAAGGCCGUACCCACCCGCCUCACUGAAGGGGGGCCAGGGGAGGAGAAAGGACAUGCUGAGAAGGCCCCCAACCUGUUACUCCACAAGGCCGCACCCUCUCGCCUCACUGACGGGGGGCCAGGGGAAGAGAAAGGACAUGCUGAGAAGGCUGCUGACAUCAUGAGGCUACUCAUACGCUACCAGGACCUGCUCUGGACCAUCCCUAACUUCCUGAUGAGCCAGGUGCGUAAGCUGAAUGAGAACAGUAACCGAAGGUACCAGUUCUACGAUCGCCGCAUCAAGAACCUGCUGAGGAAAAUUCACCAGGACCGCAAGGAUAAACCUGACAGGAACUCCUCCGAGCCUUGUCGUACAGUAAAGAUCCAGGUGGGAGAACUGAUGAGCAGCAGCAUGGAGGUCAAGGUCAACAUAAACUCCAGAGCAUCAGACCUACUGGCUCAGUUCCACAGGCACCUCCACAGCUCUGACAACACCAAGGGCCUGCUCAAGAGGAACGGUUUGGUAAAUGAUUUGGGAUCCUACCUGGACUGUGCCAUGUAUGAAGUGGGAGGAAAUAUUGGGGAGCACUGCUUGGACCCAGAGACCCAUCUCCUGGACCUGUACAACAACAACCCCAGUGGAGAGUGGGUCAUCAAACACAAACCGUUGACCACCAGUAAGGGACUGCAGAUAUAAGACAGUCGCAGGAGGAGGGAGAGACCAGCAGGGGGCUCCAAGAGCCAGCCAGAGGAGGAGGGAGACCAGGUGGAGUGGAGGAGAAGAGGAUUCUGCCACCACAAACCACCUCAAGGCUGAGCCCUCUCUCUGCCCAUUGCGGGGGAGACCAGACUAGGAGAAGUAAAGCAGCUACUGCGGAAAAACAACCCACCUCCAGACUUCAGGUGGAGGAGUGGCUGAGCUUGUGUCUCAGGCUGCUUCCUGGCUUGUCAGCUAAGCUCUCAGGCUCUCAGCCAAUCACUUCCCAGCAUCCGCAGAAGCCCAGAUGGGAAUCUGAUGCAGCUGCCUCCGAGUCUCUCUUUCUUUCUCUCCCACUCUCUCUCCAUUCCUUCUACUCAUGCCAUUUGAUCAAAAAGUAAUAAGAGAGGAACAUGCACAGUAUAUCUCUUUUCCUUGUUUGUCUAUUUCUUUAAUGUCACACAGAGGGAAAGUCAGGUACUCUGAUGAAGGGACAGGGACUCUUAGGUCCCUGUCCCUGAUGGCUCUUGGCCUCUGAUGGCUCUAUAAGAGACCCUAAACACAGGGGACAGAGGGCAUAGUUCUCUCUAAGAGAUCAAAGGUCAACCUCUAAGACAUGAUUAUAGUACCCCCUAAAGGGAACUGUUGUUUAAGACAGUGAAGCUGGACUUCAACCUUUCUGUUUGUUGUUUUUUUUUGUUUUUGAAGGAUUUUAUGAAGUAUUGAAUAUCACGAUGGAUUGACUAUUUAUAAUUGAUUGGAUGUAUCUGUAUGUAUAUGUAUGUAGUCAUUAAUGUUCUCCUUGGAAAUUGUUCAAUAGGUGUUUCUGAUCGUAACGUAACAGUCAUGUAAAAGCUCAUCCACUCUUUUCGGGGACUCUUUUCAGACAGUCUUCUUAUUCUUGUAAAUGUUUUGAUCAGUUGUCCUUUGCUGCGGUUCUGCUUAUUUAUUCUCUCAUCCUAUUACCCAUGUGUCAUCACUUCUUCAGAGUACACUUCUAUAUGAAAUCUA